GGAAGACAAGUCGUUUUCCACCAAUGAUGCAUCAUCAGAUGUCCCCUGAUGGCAGGUCUUCUGGUGCCCAUUUUCCAAGGUCUCACCUGGCAGAGGCAGUUGCCAAGGCCAAGGGUGGUGGAGGUGGUGGAGGAGGAGGUGGCAGUGGGAGAGGUCUCGUGGGGCAGAUCAUACCCAUUUAUGGAUUUGGAAUCCUUUUAUACAUACUGUACAUUCUGUAUAAGCUCUCUUCCAAGGGAAAAACCACUACAGUGGAGAGGAAAUCUCCUUCUCCUAUACCUGGAAACAUGAAUAGGAAAAUCACUGACUAUGAGCUCACACAACUACAAGAAAAGCUGAGAGAGACUGAGGAGGCUAUGGAAAAAUUAAUCAAUAGAGUAGGACCUAAUUGUGACAGCAGGGCCCAAAAUGUUACAACAGACCAGGAAAAGAGAUUACUCCAGCAGCUCCGAGAGAUCACUAGGGUCAUGAAGGAAGGUAAACUCAUAGAUGGCAUCUCUCCAGAGAAGGAAGCUGAAGAAGCUCCUUAUAUGGAGGAUUGGGAAGGUUAUCCAGAAGAGACCUAUCCUGUCUAUGAUAAUUCUGAUUGCUUCAAGCAUAGACAGGACACAAUACUUGUGGAUUACCCUGAUCUGAACGAGCCCUCUGCUGAAGAGAUAGCUGAAAGAAUGGAGGUUAUGGAAGAUGAGGAUUAUUUGUGUAGUGAAACUUUACUGUCUGAUCUCACUACAGAGUGUGAACGCCAUGAUAUGGGACAGAAAAAGGACCAGCAGAUCAGCUUCAGUGACCAAGGUGGUGUCCUCCAUCACAGCCAUAACUUUGAGAAGUGCUACUGUUGCCACUAUGAGGAUGAUCCUGCUGUCAUAGCAGAGAAUGCUGGGUUCCAUGCUGACAGCUGCAGUGAGGCUGAAGACACAGCCAAAGAUGAUCUCUUCAUGGAUUCUGACAACGAAAAUGCAGGACUGAAAAGCCAAAAAGCCAAUGAUCCAGAUGCAGUAGGCACACUGAGAAAGCGAAACACAAAGGGACUUGAGUAA